AUGGUUCUAUCAGACAAGACAAUGAACAAGGCAUCAGCAAGUGUUCACAUGAACAAUCUCUAUCGCGUCGUUCAAUACUGUGAAAACCAAACUGAAUGCAGACGUGCUCAGCUGCUAGAAUACUUCGGCGAAACGGGCUUCGACAGCGCUGAAUGCAGUGAGAACCAGGCCACAAUCUGUGAUAACUGCUCAUGUGCUGGGGAGAUGGUUGACAUGGAUGUCACACAAGUCGCCAAGAUGGUUGUAGAGUCUGUGAACACGUUGAUACAUCGAGGUAACAGCAACUGGAAACGCCCCAUGGCACAGCUGACUCUAAAACAUCUUGUUGAUGUGUUUAAGGUACGAUUUAAGGACGACGUAUCUGAUUAAUAACUUAUUUGGAAAAUUGCCAACAUAUACCAGUCCUGUAAAUGGUUAUACUGUAAUGAUGGUAUCAUCGUGAUGAUGGUGGCACUGAUGGUACUUGGCAUCACCACGUGCCUUUAUCUUUGUAGUGAGAGUUGAUUUUAUAAUUUCACCCUAGUCUGAGUGUUUCCGCAACGGUUUUCCCUGAGUAGUCGAUUUCCCUUCCCAGUAACACUGGACCAACAAGGGCUGCCUUUACUGGAACUCUGAGGGACUUUCUGAACUGACAGAUCUUAUUGACACAGUGUUAUUACAGAGUAUACUCCGAGAAAAUCAACAGUGUUUUGUAUCUAGAGUUCAAAUUAUAGUACUGGGGUGUGUGUGUGUGUGGGGGGGCUUGCAACGCUUGAAAAAAUCACCAUGCAGUGUAUAGCGCCAUCCGUACCACAGGUACGCCAUGGUACUACUGACCCCUGUACUGAGUGAAGAUCCCACACGUGACCGAGGUGAAAUUAUAAUCAGAAAGCUGUAUUUUGCCGAAUUCAAUAUAUUCGAUCGUAGAUGUAAAAGGCUCGUGUACUACAGUAGCCACCAUGCCGGUAGCAUGGGUUAAUUUUAACUCUUUUCGACAACUGUCCUAUCUUUCACACCAUUCCACACACAUUCAGGGCAGUCAAAACGCCAAAGUUGAACGAGAAUCUCUCAAUCGCUGUGUGAUGUAUGGAAAAGCAGACGAGAACUUUCACCGCAAUGAUGCAGAGAGAUUGUUUCGCAUGUUGGUCAUGCAGGAUAUCUUGGCGGAAGACCUGACUGUCGGGGCACAUUCUCAAGUCAUAUCGUACGCAAAACUUGGACCGAAAGCCAUGGACUUUUUAAAUGAUCGAGUAAAGGUAACACGUUAGUCGAUUAAGCAGAAAAUAGUUGCCUCACAUUAAAUUCAGCCAUUCCAUGUAAUUAGGCAAAAAUUACCUCCGUUAUGAUCGAACUCGGCGACAAUUCUACAUUUCACGGCGGCAUUUUUUUCUAAGUGUUAUGGAUUAACUGAGGAUGAAAACGAACUUAUGUGUAAUCAAAAUAUUUAAAAACUGAACUGCGUCUGUAACGGGAAACAAAAAAUCUGUGCUUGAUGCAUAUAAGAGCAAGAAAAUUGAACUACAUGUUUUGAAAUUUCACAAAUUUCGUCCAAGAACGAAGUGUGAAAAGGCGUUGAGAGUGUAUACCUCAACACAGUAGAAAUGCUAGCUGAAUUGACCUGCUAUUUAUUGCCCACCAAAUAUAAAGCUACCACACAUAAUGAAAAGAAUGAACAUUAUUUUCUCCCUCUGAUAACCGCAGGUUGAUCAUCAUCUGCUGCACGAUACUGCUUAGUGAAACCUACCAACACUUGGAAUCGUAGUCACCACGCUUGCCUUUCAAGCUGGGGGAGACCCGUGUUCAAUUCUUGGUCGGACCUCUACUCAAGCUCUUAAAAUAAUGGACCUUUCCCCUUAUAACUAAAAUUUUGAUCUAUAAACAAAAAUUUCAUCACAGCUUGAAAGAGCAUCACAAAAUUAGCAAUAUUCCAAAGUUUCGUUGCGAAAUGUUGUAAAAUGCGGAUAAUAUAACACCGCGGAAAAACGUCUGCGCAUGCACCAAAUUAUGAAAAUAUGGUGGGGAAUUUGAAUAUCAAUUUCCAAAACAAAAACAUGCUUAUUAAUUGGUCAAAAAUUAGUAAAACAAACGAGAAAAUAUAGCAAAUGGGUAGACUAGACAUUAAUUGAAAGCGUCCUGGUAUUUAAAGUAUGGAAUGAAAUAUAAUUCAUGUAAAAAAUUGUUGAUUUUAACGGACACGACUUCGAAAAUAUUUGCAAAAUUAUUCAAAACAAAAAUUCAAACUCAAAAGUUAAGAAAACUCUCGAAAAGUUAAGCUUCUUAACCCACUCAAAUUGCAGAAUAAAUCCUAAAGUUUAAUUAUUGUGAACACGAAAUUUUUUUAUAUUUGGCGACACAGUUUUUUUUAAAGAAAUGUAUCUCAAACGAAAAUUCGGAAAUUGUCGUUGCUUAGUUGAUAAACAAAAUGUUUCAGACGAUAAAUUUGUCAACAAUCACCUUUAGUUUAUGUUCUAGUACAAUACAAUUUCUUGAACCUUCUGGCUGUAUUUAUUCCUAGUUUUUAGAAUGACAUGGUUAUCUUUGCGCUUGAAAUCUGGCUGUAAAGACGCACAAUGAAGUCACUCCUUUUUACCGCCAUUUUGAGCCUUCGGAAACGUUCGGAACAGCUUCUCAUCAAGUUCGCAAUACUAUUACAGGUAAGGUUGACGCAUGCGCAGACGUUUUUCCGCGGUGUUGGAUAAUAUAGCCUUGCGAAAUUUGCCGUUUUUCAGUCAUUUUGUAUUGCGCACGGGAAAUUGACAGCCCAAUCGGGACAUCAAUUUGCCGUUUGUAAUGCAAAAUGACUGAAAAUUGCAAACUUCGCAAGGCUAUAUUAUCCGCAUUUUACAACAUUUCGCAACGAAACUUUGGAAUAUUACUAAUUUUGUGAUGCUCUUUAGACUUGUCUAGAUCAAAAUUUUAGUUAUAAUUAAGGGGGAAAGGUCCAUUGAGAAGAAAGAGCUACCUUUACAUUGACAUCAGUGAAUGGUUAGACUUUCGCGUCUUCUUGGAUAGGGACGUUAAAUCGUACGUACCUCGGAUCCCCUGUCAACUGGGCGAUAGCCUGUUGGGGAAAUCCGCUGACCAAUGAGUGAGAAACUCAAUAAAAAAAUAAGAAUGUGUAUUUUGUCCGAGAUUGACAGGGAUGUUUACAAUGUAUUACUUGUUUUCCAUUAAUGUCAUAAUAUUUUCAGCUUCCUCGGUUUUUCAAACGUGGAACAAAGUCGUCAAAGCGUGGCACAGAUACCAAAGGCGAAACAUCGAACAAUACCAACGUGACCAACACGUGUUAUCAACAGUUAGUCUCGUGUUGUAAGAGAUUAGCAGAAGAAAGCGGAUUGAAACCACACCACAUCUUUGCCGACGUCACUCUCCGACAGAUGGCCGACAAGCUUCCGAUGACUCGCGAGGAGAUGCUUGAUAUAGAAGGAGUGACGGAGUAUAAGAUGGGUAAAUUUGGACAACAGUUCCUGGAGGUGUGUAUCACCAAUAGCUGUCACUUAGCUGUCACUAUCAAGCACGAGUGGUGUUUUAUUUUCCUUGUUUUAUUUUAGACUCCUCCUGCAGUAACACUGGAUCAAUAAGAGAUGAUCCUUACUGGACCUUUAGGGAAAACAGUUUAGAACUGAUAGAACUAUCCAGUAUAAAUAAAGUUAGUUUAGUUUAGGUUUCCUCGUGUGGUAACACUCGAUCAAUAAGAGAUGAUCCUUACUGGACCUCUAGGGAGAACAGUUUAGAACUGAUAGAGCUAUCCAGUAUAUUAAAGUUAGUUUAGGUUCCCUUCUAUAGAAACAGUGAAUCAAUACGAGAUGAUCCUUACUGGGCCUUUAGGAAGAAUAAUUUAGAACUGAUAGAGCUAUGCAGUGUGAAAUAAAGUUUAGUUUAGUUUAGGUUUCGUUCUAUUAUUAACGAAUAAGUGAUGAGGAAAGUGGACUUCUAGACGGAACAGUUCAGACUCGGGACUGAUAAAGCUAUCCAAGAUGUAGGGAAUUCCGCAUUUCAUAAACUUGUCCUGGUUUUUUUUUUCAGUUAACUCUAGCAUACGGUGGAGCUCUGCUGACAUCAGACAAUGCUAUGACCAGUGAUUUUGAGAGCAUGAUCGAAAACGAUAGAAUGAGCACGGGAGGAGACGAAUGUGAAUCACCAUAUUGGGCGUCGGCUGGUAACUUCACUGCUGGAAACAAGAAAUCCAAAUUCAAGAAAAGAGGAAAGUUUCAAUCGAAGAAGAAAAAAUCUAAUUAUCAAGCAGCAUCUAAGUAAGUUUAAUGUUUACUUAACAUAUAACUUUACUUUAUUCAACAUCACAGCUUUUACCCGAAUUCCUCCUGAAGUAACACUAGACCAAAAAGGGAUGGCACUUACUUGACAUCUACAGUAUAAAAUAAAGUUAGUUUAGUUUAGAUUUCCUCCUGCAGUAACACUGGAUCAAUAAGAGAUGAUUCUUACUAAACCUCUAGGAAGAACAGUUUAGAACUGAUAGAGCUAUCCAGUAUAAAUAAAGUUAGUUUAUCUUAGGUUCCUCCUGUAGUAACACUGGAUCAAUAAGAGAUGAUUUUACUGGACCUGUAAGAAGAACAGUUGAGAACUGAUGGAGUUACCCAGUAUAAAUAAAGUUAGUUUAGUUUAGAUUUUCUGCUGUAGUAACACCGGAAUAAUAAUUGGGAUGAUCCUUACUGGACCUGUAAGAAGAACAGUUGAGAACUGAUAGAGCUAUACAGUAUAAAUAAAGUUAGUUUAAUUGUUUUUGUUUGUGGAAACACCACGUAAAUUUAUUACUGCAAAAAAAAUUAUAAAAAAAAACAAACAAACAAAAAAAACCAAAAAAAAACCCAAUUAUAUUUUAUCGCCAUGCAAACAUUCAAAGAACUUAAAGUUAGUUUAGUUUAGGUUUCUUCCUGUAGUAACACUGGAUCAAUAAGAGAUGAUCCUUAUACUGGACCUCUAGGGAGAACAGUUUAGAACUGUUAGAGCUAUCCAGUAUAAAUAAUUUUUUUUUUGUUUGUUUUGUUUUGUUUUUUGGGUUUUUUUUUUAUGUUAGUUUUGUUUAGGUUUUCUCAUGUAGCAACACUGGAUCAAUAAGAGAUGAUGCUUUAAUUACUGGACCUCCAGGGAGAACAGUUUAGAACUGAUAGAGCUAUCCAGUAUAAAUAAAGUUAGUUUAUCUUAGGUUCCUCCUGUAGGAACACUGGAUCAAUAAGAGAUGACUUUACUGGACCUCUAGAAAGAACAGUUUAGAACUGAUAGAACUAUCCAGUAUAAAUACAGUUAGUUUAGCUUAGCUUAAGGACAAGAACCAACUUUCUUCGUUUUUAGAUCAAAAAACACCUCCAAAAAGGCUGCUAAUCCACCAUCGACGAAUACAAACAAUUACAUGAACAAUCCUAUCGCUAAAAAAUAUCAAAGUUUCUCCAAAAAUCGAAAUCUUGGCUCAGGCAGGAAUCCUGGAUUCCUCAGUCUUCCUCCGAAGAAAUACUAA